AUGGUAGUAGUUUCCCGCAACGGGGGCAGCCCCAGCUUUGGAGGAGUGAUGGUAUUCGAAACAGACGAAGAGGACCCGCUGGACGGAGAGCCUGAGUUUUUGCCGAACCAAAAGUCUUUUGUGAUGCCAAAGAUGCGGUUAUCUGAGCAGCAGAUACUAGAUAUCGUUGUGCUCAGUAACUCGCAUGGCGCGGAAUGCGAAGCAUUGGUAGAUCGAAUCAAGAACGAUUUGGCCACUACAAAGAUGUCUAUCGCCAAUUUGCCCGUUUCUAGUGUUAGAGACAGUGCAGACUUGUCGCUGGCGUUGCGGCAGGCUGACUUGGUGUUCAUGAUCAACGACGGAUCUCCACUAUUCAUCAAGUGUCUCGAAACAGUGUUUGACCAACCAGACUCCAUUUCUGCUCCCAAGCUCACGGUGAUAAACAUGAUGAGUGUCAACUACUUUAUCAAUCUCUUUGAUUUGAUUGCGUUCAUGCGUCCAUUUCAAAUAUGGAAGACUUCCAGCUUGCACCAGCAGAACCUCGUUACCAGAAUCGAGGACUACAUCCUGCUCGAAAGCCUGACGGAUUCACUAGAAUGCCAAGGCACUUCUGGCAUAGAUUCGAUCAUGGACCUAAGUGUCACCAGAACUUCUGCACCAAACUAUAAGCAGAUCGAACGACAAAUCCGGCAUGAAUUGCAAGAUUCUGUCAGCUUAUCAAGCUCAGAUCCUUUAAGGCUCUCAUCGAGCUUUUAUCAUGUCAAUAUCCUCUACACCAUUAUCAAGAAGAUGUUUCAAAGUCACAAUAAUCCGUCGAAUCCACACGAUUCUGGCGACUCAAAGUUGUGGUUAUUCUGCAGCUUUGCCUUAGGAAUUGGCCUCGGUAUCACCUUGGCUGGAAGUGCUGCAACAGUCUUUGGGUUUUGCGUUUCCAACGUCAUUACGCAGGUGGAUGAAAAGCCGGAGAUUAAGGGUCUCCUGGCGCAUCCAGUUCGCGCCGUGGACGUUGUCGAUGACUGGGUUCAGGGAAUUGUAGACUCGCAAUUCUGCUGCACAAUUACGAGAUGGUGGGAUAAGUUUUCAGGCAGCAUGCAACUCUUCAGUUCGCACAUGGUUGAAGCCGUUAUUGGCGGCUUUGAAAAGGUGGUGUGCAUGGCACAAAUGGCUUAA